GCUGGCCAUCAGUCCGCAGCAGCAGCCCUCUCACAUCCUCACCGCCCGCAGAGGAUGAUGGAGAAAACCAGUCACAUCAACAUUGCAAUGAUAGAAGACAUCGGUACUAAUGGGAUGGCCGUGUCAAAGGUCGGCACGGGCGUGGACGGGAAGAAACAGCGGUGCGGUUCCACCGUGAGCUUCCACAACAUCCAGUACAAAGUGCAGACGCAGAGCGGCUUCCUCUGCAAGAGAAAGAUCCUCUCCAAGGAAAUACUAGUGGACCUCAAUGGGAUUAUGAGACCUGGUCUGAACGCUAUUCUUGGACCUACUGGAAGUGGAAAAUCUUCAUUCUUGGAUAUUCUGGCUGCGAGGAAGGAUCCCGCAGGUCUCUCGGGUGAAGUUCUCAUUGAUGGAGCCCCACAGCCUCCAAACUUUAAGUGCCUCUCUGGCUAUGUCGUCCAGGAAGAUGUGGUCAUGGGCACCCUGACCGUGAGGGAGAAUCUGCGUUUUUCUGCGGCUCUGCGACUGCACGUCUCCGUGCCUCAGGUCGAGAAGGAGGCUCGAGUCAGUCACCUCAUUAAAGAACUGGGUCUCACCGAAGUGGCUGACUCCAAGGUGGGCACGCAGAUGACCCGAGGAAUCUCAGGAGGAGAGAGAAAGAGGACAAACAUCGGCAUGGAGCUGAUCAUCGAUCCUGCUGUCCUAUUUCUGGAUGAACCGACCACCGGCCUGGACGCAAGCACUGCCAACUCUGUCCUGCUCCUGCUGAAAAGAAUGGCGAGUCAUGGUAGAACCAUAAUUAUGUCUAUCCACCAACCUCGCUACUCCAUCUACAGACUGUUUGACACUCUCACACUGUUGGUCAGUGGUAAAAUGGUGUACCACGGACCAGCGCCAAACGCUUUGGACUACUUUGCCAACAUCGGCUAUGCCUGCGAGCCCCACAACAACCCAGCUGACUUCUUUUUGGAUGUGAUUAACGGAGACUUCACCGCCACAGCAAUGACUAAAGUGCAUGGCUCUGAAGAUCUGGACUUUGAGGAGCUCAGUAGCUCCAGGCAGAGCAUCGAGGAGCGCCUGGUGGAUGAGUACAGGAACAGCGGUUACUCCAGCAACACACGAGCCGAACUGGAGCACAUUGUUAAAGAUAAGUGCUGUGGAUCCCUCCCAAAGUCCCGCACCAUCACCUAUAACAGCUCGUUCUUUCACCAGCUACGAUGGGUCCUUCACAGAACAUUUCAGAACCUCAUGUUGAACCCCCAAACAUCUGUGGCCCAGCUGGGAGUCAACGUUUUCCUCGCUCUCAUCGUGGGAGCCAUUUUCUUUGGGGUCAAAGAUGAUCAGAGUGGUAUUCAGAACAGGAUGGGCGCCCUCUUCUUCAUCACUACCAACCAGUGUUUCAGUACUGUCUCUGCAGCCGAGCUCUUCAUCACUGAGAGGAAACUCUUCGUGCAUGAGUACAUCAGUGGCUACUACAGAGUGUCUGUCUACUUCCUUUCUAAGAUCCUGUCUGAUAUCGCUCUUCGCACCGUCACCUCUGUUAUCUUCAGCUGUGUUGUCUAUUUUUUGAUUGGGCUCAAAUCCACAGCAGAAGCCUUUUUUGUCUUCAUGCUGACAGUGACUCUGGUGGCCUACACAGCCACAGCCAUGACCAUGGCCAUCUCAGCUGACCAGAGUGUCGUGGCUCUUGCCAACAUCCUCAUGACCAUCACCUUUGUCUUCAUGAUGAUUUUUUCAGGACUCCUGGUGAAUCUACCCAGCACCAAAGACUGGUUGGCUUGGCUGAAGUACUUUAGUAUUCCUCGUUAUGGUCUUGCAGCCUUGAAGAUGAAUGAAUUUGUGGGUCUGAGGUUCUGCGAAGAGGUUGUAAUCCGAAACAGCAACAUGUCAGCUAUGACAGCCAACUGCACUGUGAACACAGGUGGCCAGACAUGCACAGGAGAGCAGUAUCUGGAGUACCUGGGCAUAGACUACACCUCCUGGGGUCUGUGGGAGAAUCAUGUAGCUUUGACUGUUAUGAUGAUCAUAUUUCUCAUCAUUGCCUAUCUGAAGCUUCGCUUCAUAAAGAAAUUUACUUAAUGUGUUAUUUGUUUUUUUACUUGUACCAGCACUCAUAGAUGCUCUCCAGAAAUAGCACAGUUAAAGCUACAUUUACAUUUUGGGGGUUUAGUUUUAUUUUACACUGCCCUCAUAUCUUUAGCAUAUAAUGAAGCCAAAAGAAAGUUAGAUUACAAGUGCAAAUACUGAAAUAAAAAGCUGAAAGCAGCUGAAAACAGCUAGCUAAACUUUUCUAGAGUUCAGGUUUUUACUGUUAGUCUCCCUGUAAAGCUCAUAAAAUCUUAUUAAUCCAUUUAGAAAGAAAAACGAUACAAAAACUUACAAAAGUACAGCAUCAGAUACAACAUGUGGUCUGCAGGGCCGAUGUAGCUAAAGCGAUUUAGCACACUGUUGUGUUCAGCUGCUCAUUAACCCUUUUACGCAUAGUGGUCACUACAGUGGACAGCUAUUCAAACGCUGUUUUCUUGUAUUUGUGUCCACUACAUUGGACACUGAUGUGUCACUCCAUACCCUGCCACUCACUCCAAAGGUGAUUUUGUCCACCUCAGUGGACAUGUAAAAAACUAUUUGAAAAAUACACGUUUAAAAAAUGAAGUUCAAAAAUCUUUUUUUCAUGCUUAAAGAUGAAU